AUGCUAAGAAAUAUUCUUUUGCUUUUGCUUUCUCUUACCUACAUCGCGGCCGACCAUGAAAUAGCCUCCAUUCCUAUGAACUUGGCUUUGAUCAACUUUGAUGGAAUGUGCAAGUGUGAACUUGGCUACACUGCACUUGUGUACAAAGGUCAUGGAUGCUGGUGUGGAACAGGAGCCUCUGGCACUCCUGUAGAUGAGGUUGAUACAUGUUGCAAAGCUCGCGCUCUGUGUUAUCGAGCAGCAAGAACGAGUGGAAAAUGUACUUUUAUGGGGCUAUACACGGACAUGUAUAACUGGGAUUGCAUAGAUAGAAUUGCCAUUUGCAAAGGAAAAACCGAGUGUGAGAAGGCACUUUGUGCAUGCGAUACAGCAGCCGUCCGGUGCUGGGCUCGCCAGCCGAAGCCGAAGUCAAAGAAGAAGUGCAACAAAGCCUGA